AUGCUGCCUCUCGGUCUUCUCACGGCCGCACAAGGCCACCCCAUGCUGGUAGAACUGAAGAACGGCGAAACUCUGAACGGCCACCUGGUUACCUGCGAUAAUUUCAUGAACCUCAUUCUGCGCGAGGUAGUGCAGACGAGCCCUGAGGGUGACCGCUUCUUCAGAUUACCUGAAGUUUACAUUCGGGGCAACAACAUCAAAUACCUACGAGUUCCCGAAGAGAUCGUCGAAAUUGUCAAAGAACAGCAACAGAACCAACCACAAGGCCGUCGCGGCGGGCGAGACGGUGAUCGUGGCCGCGGUCGUGGUCGGGGUGGUGGUGGCCGGGGUGGACGUGGUCGGGGACGAGGCGGCCCCAAUUAG